AUGCUCUUAUCUGCAGGCACGCCCGUUCGCAACUUCGAAGAUGACGACGAGGACGGUUGGGGGCUCAACAUCAACGACCGCGGACGACAUGGGGGCGACUACGACUACGAUGGCGACAUCGACGACGCCCUCCUCCUCCACCCCGCCAAGCGAAAGCGAUGGUACGACCGCGUGUUAGACUUCCUCCGCGCCCACUGGCGACCUCAGGUGUUGGCCGUGCUGUUCAUUCUGUUCCUCGCCGAGGCGGCACGAGGCAUCGUGCUACCCACCAUCUCGACCUACGUGGACAAGGCACGGCCCUCGACUCACCCUUUCUUCGCCUCCACAUCCUUCCUGGUGGGCGGCGACAAGUCACAACUCGGGUUGGCCAUCUCCCUCUUCUCCGUCGGCCGAUUGGUGGGCGCUCCCGUGCUGGGUUGGUGGUACAGUGUGAACCACUUCUUGUACAACAAGCGAAGCGCCCUGGAGGUGCUGACCGUUGCGCUGCUGAUCGGUGUGGCGGGCAACAUCAUGUUCUCCUUUGCCGCGGUGAGCGGAAUCUACGUGCUCCUCAUCUCGCGUGUCAUCAUCGGUUUCUCCACCGGCACGCUGAGCGUGGCGCGGGCUCAUAUUGCGGCGCAGACGACCAAGGACGAGCGAACGCGCUUCAUGGGCUACGCUGGUGCGGUGCAGUUCAUCGGUUUCGGACUCAUGCCCGGCGCCAACAUUAUGUUCUCCAAUGUCGACGUCAACAUCGGGGAGAUGCCGCUCAACUCGCUCACGGCGCCCGGCUUCGUGAUAGCCGUGCUCAACAUCAUCGCUCUCGUGCUGGACUUUGCUCUCUUUUCCUCCUACUUUGCGCCCACGCCCGCUGACGAUCGCGCCACUAUCGUGGUGCCUCACAACGGCAACGGCAAGGGCAACGACAAGCACGAACAGAACGCCCGGGGGAGAACAGAGAGCAAGCCACCGCACAAGCCUCACGAAGACGUUGAGGCCUUCUCAGCUGACGGCGAACCAGAAGAACAUAGGUCGUGGUGGCACGGCAAAUGGUCCCACGACACCAAGUUGAUGGUGGUGGGCGCGAUUGUUUAUAUCGUCCUCAAUUUCGUUGCGCGAGGCGUUCUCUCCCUUCUCGAAACGCUGGGCACGCCAAUUUUCCUCGAGGUGUUUGAUGGCACCGACACGACCGACGCUUCACAUUUCUAUCUCAUUUUGGGCGUUUUGGGUCUGUCCGUCUACUUCGGGCUCGGGUUCGCGCGGAAGAUCGCCAGCGAGAUCGCUAUGCUCAUCUUCGGCUUCAUGCUCAUCGGCGCCGGCCUUAUCACCCUCGCCAUAGUCGAGCGAGAAAACCUCAACAAAAUUCAGUUCGUGGGCGGCUGCGCCCUUGUGCUCUCCUUCGGCUCGCCGAUUGUACAGACCGUCAUCCUCUCCUCUUUCUCCACCGUCCUCGGCUCGCAGCCGCAAGGCACGCUGAUGGGCCUCAUCACCAUGGCCGGCUCGGUCGGUCGCAUCGUAUUCCCUCUCUCGAUCAGUGUGCUCGACGAGCAGGUGCUCAGCGCGGUGUGCAUCGGUGGCAUCCUGUGCUACAGCACGUGGGUCCGGUGUCUGUCCCGGCCCUCCCACCGAUUCGUGAUCGGCUUCCCCGAGCCCAUCCACUCCUGA